AUGAAGAUUGUGUGCAGUGUCGUGCUGUUUGUGACAUUUUGUGUCACCACGAUCAACAGCCAGACAGUGGCCUGUGUGGAAGAGAACGAACUUACAGCAAAUCCUUCUAAUUGCAAUCAAUACUAUCGGUGUCUAAGCCGUGAACGGAUACUGUUCAGCUGUACUGCGGGAAAAGUGUUCAAUCCGAUCACUAAAAGGUGUGUUACAUCCGACACUUACUCGUGUAACGAGCAACAACCCGAGACAACGACAGUAGCUGCUUCGCAACAGUGUCAACUGAACCGAAAUGGAGUAGUGGCUCACCCAUCCGAUUGCGACAAGUACGUGGUGUGUGAGGAAGGCAUCGCGAAGACGCACACCUGCCCACAGGGGGAACAGUUUUCCUGGAGAAAGCUAGCGUGUGGAGCUAGCUAUUCUUGUGAAGACUAUUACAAUCACGCCACCAGCUCCUUGGAAGCGGUUGCAUGCUCCAGACAGUCUUUGCAUCGAGCGGAACAUCCUUAUGAAGUUGGCAUGUACAUCGAUUGUCAAGCGUUGGAAGUCCGGAGCUGUGACGAAGGUUCGAUCUUUCGCUGGAACUAUCAACGCUGCCUACCGGGUGCGGUGUCGACGAACGAACUGAAGACGGCCGACGCUAAUUGUGGCGCCUUCGGCAAGAGCCCCCAUCCUUAUCUGUGCGAGAAGUUCUUCAAGUGUUUCUUCUGGAUAUCGGGCCUACAGUCGUGCCCGUUGGGAACGAUUUACAGUGCGGCGCAGGAGGAGUGCAUUGAGGGUGACUUCCAGACAUGCACUUUUGCACACAAUUAA